UAACAAAACAUUAACUCGAGAAAAAUUUAUUUAGACUUACAAUCACUAGGAAUUGAAGAAAAAUUGAUAGUGCUUCUGUAAACUAAUAGAUUGAUAUAACGAUAAGAAUUCAGAAUAUGAUAAAUGCUGUGCAAUUGUGCAUAUGGACACGGGGUGGCGCUGCAGGAUAAGAGUGAAGAAUUGCUAAACAAAUACCCAGCUCGCCAUUAUGCUGGCAAUCAGAAUUCUGAAUGCUCCCUGAAAGAAGGAAGCAUUUUGGAUGGCAUCUAGGGAAGGGAUCUUUAGGGAAGGCACAGUUUUAAGUGCAAGUCAGUCGGCCAGACUUAUUACACAGUCAACUACCAAAUCAUCUGGGUGGAUUGUACAGUGAGGUGGAGAAACUGCAUCUUCUGGACCGGGUCUGAACAAUGGAGACUGCCCCAGCAAGAACGCUGCACAAAAGGCAAGUUGCUUUUCUUGUUAUGCUGUUGUUUGUGUGGGAGGCUGGCUCUGAGGCGAUUAGGUAUUCGAUGCCAGAAGAGACAGAAAGUGGCUACCUGGUGGCCAACCUGGCAGAAGAUCUGGAGCUCAGGGUGGGGGAGCUGGCCACUCGAGGCGCGCGAAUCCAUUACAGAGGAACCAGGCAGCUCUUGCAGCUUGAUGUACAGACUGGCAAUUUGCUUCUGUGUGAAAAGCUAGACCGGGAGGGGCUGUGCGGGGCGACAGAACCCUGUGUGGUGCAUUUCCAACUGUUACUGGAAAACCCCGUGCAGUUUUUUCAAGUCGAUCUGCAACUCACAGACAUAAACGACCAUUCUCCAGAGUUCUUAGAGAGAGAAACACUCCUUAAAAUCCCAGAGAGUGUCCAGCCAGGGACCGUGUUUCCUCUGAAAAUAGCCCAGGACUUUGACAUAGGGAGCAACACUGUUCAGAACUACACGGUCAGCCCCAACUCCCAUUUUCAUGUGGUGACUCACAACCGCGGGGAUGGCAGGAGAUAUCCAGAGCUGGUGCUGGAUAAAGCUCUGGACAGGGAGGAUCAGCCCGAGCUUAGUUUAAUCCUCACAGCUCUGGAUGAUGGGGACCCGCCCAGGUCGGGGACCACGACAGUACGCGUUGAAGUCGUGGACAUCAAUGAUAACGCCCCUGAAUUUUCACAGUCGCUCUAUGAAGCACAGGUUCCUGAGAACAGUGCGCUCAGUUCUGUUGUUGUCACUGUCUCUGCCCGAGAUUUAGAUGCAGGAACAUAUGGGAGUAUUGUUUACACUCUAUUCCAAGGCAGUGCUGUUACAGAACCCUUUGUAAUAGACGAAAGAACAGGAGAAAUUUAUCUGAGACAAGAAUUAGAUUUUGAGAUAACUAGAUAUUAUACGGUCGAAAUUUCAGCUACAGAUGGUGGUGGCCUUUCAGGAAAAUGCACUGUAGCAAUAGAGGUGUUGGAUGUGAAUGACAAUGAUCCCGAAUUGACCAUGUUAAAGUUUAACAGCUCUAUCCCAGAAAACUCCCCAGAGACAGUAGUUGCUGUUUUCAGUGUUUCUGAUUCAGAUUCUGGGGACAAUGGAAAGAUGAUUUGCUCCAUUCAGAACAAUCUCCCUUUCCUUUUAAAACACACUUUCAAAAAUUUUUACACCUUGGUGACCGAAAGCCCAUUGGAUAGAGAGACCAGGGCCCAGUACAACAUCACCAUCACCGUCACCGACCUGGGGACGCCCAGGCUCAAAACCCAGCACACCAUCACCGUGCUGGUCUCCGACGUCAACGACAACGCCCCCACCUUCACCCAAAGCUCCUACACCCUCUCGGUGCCCGAGAACAACAGCCCCGCCCUGCACAUCGGCAGCGUCAGCGCCACAGACUCAGACUCGGGCACCAACGCCCAGCUCACCUACUCGCUGCUGCCGCCGCCCCACGACCCGCUCCCGGGCCUCGCCUCGCUCGUGUCCAUCAACGCCGACACCGGCCAGCUGUUCGCGCUGCGGGCGCUGGACUACGAGGCCCUGCGCGCCUUCGAGUUCCGCGUGCGCGCCACCGACCGCGGCGCGCCCCCGCUCAGCGGCCAGGCGCGCGUGCGCGUGCGCGUGCUGGACGCCAACGACAACGCGCCCUUCGUGCUGCACCCGCUGCAGAACGCGUCCGCGCCCUGCACCGAGCUGCUGCCCCGCGCCGCCCAGCCCGGAUACCUGCUCACCAAGGUGGUGGCGGUGGACGCCGACGCGGGCCAGAACGCCUGGCUGUCCUUCCAGCUGCUGCAGGCCAGCGAGCCCGGGCUGUUCAGCGUGUGGGCGCACAGCGGCGAGGUGCGCACCGCCAGGCCGCCGGGCGAGCGCGACGCGCCCAGGCAGCGGCUGCUCGUGCUGGUCAGGGACAACGGCCAGCCGCCGCUGUCGGCCAGCGUCACGCUGCACGUGCUGCUGGUGGACGGCUUCUCGCAGCCGCACCUGCCUGGGCCCGAGGCGGCGGCCGAGCGCGCGCAGGCCGACCCGCUCACCGGCCCCCUGGUGGUGGCGCUGGCCUCGGUGUCGUCGCUCUUCCUGUUCUGGCUGCUGCUCUUCGUGGCGCUGAGGCUGUGCGGGAGGAGCGGGCGGGCCGCGCUGCCUGGCUGCCCUGCGCCCGAGGGCCCCUUUCCGGGCCAGCUGCUGGACGUCAGCGGGGCGGGCACGCUGGCCCACAGCUACCAGUAUGAGGUGUGUCUCACUGGAGACUCUGGGACUGGUGAGUUCAAAUUCCUGAAGCCUCUUUUCCCCAACCUCCCACCCCAGAGUGCUGGGGCAGAAACAGAAGGAAAUAUUGCUGUCCGGAACAGUUUUGGGUUCCCUUAGAGAUCUGAUUGUGAUGCUGUGUUUUCUGCAUCUGAGUGUUGAGGAGAAAAAUUUCACCUUCAGAUAUAGCUUUGAUUUUCUCUUUGCAAUCGAUGUGUGCGUUGAAUUUUGACACAAUUUACAAAAAUUCUUUUUGCUUUUUUGAAGGUUGUCUGUAGCGCCUUAGAUAGAACUUAGAGUAUUUGCAUUUAUCACUGAACUGUUCUCGAGGCUCAGUCCUGCUUUGCUGUUUUCACACUGCCAUCCCAAACCCAUGCGUGCUGCAGGUUUUCCCAAAGGUUUUGAUGUUCUCAUUGGUAUUUCUUGCGAUAAGCCAUCUUAAUAAUAACAACAAACGUUAUUUUCUUUUUGUACCUAAUCCUACCCAUUUUGUUCCUUCAUUUUCAAGUAUUUGAUGCUGAAUUGAAAAUACAAAAACGUUUUAUGGCAUUUUUUUCAUUUUAAUUAUUUCUGCUUUGGUCCGUGAGGGCCACUUUCUGGGCCACCUGGUGGAUGUGAGUGGCCAGAUCUUUUCUCAGAAUUAUCAUUAUGAAGUUUACCUGGCAGAAAGCUCUGUGACUCGGGACUUCCAAGUUUUUCGACCAAUACUCCUAAAUUUGGGUGAAGGAUGUGAUGGGAACACUGACAAGAUGGCAACUUUAGGUACCAUUUGGAGUUCAAUUAGGAAUGCACUUUUGAUGACAUGAUAAAAUUGUGACUUUCAUUAAUUAUCUAUAAAUUCCCAAUCCUUUCAUUCACAUAAAGAGAUAACAUGCUCACAAGUGGCAACUAACGUCAUAUUUAUUAACUAUUUCAACCAAUUGAACCAUUUUCAUCUUUAACAUUGUAUUAGGCAUCUCACAUAGCAUGUGCAUACAAUGGCAGAAAUACUGCUUAUUUCUCAAUGUAGGUUGGUUUUUGGUUUUUUGUUUGUUUAUUUGUUUUUUCCUUUUGGUCAAAUUUUGAAAAUCACAGAUACUUUGAGAUUCCUGAUAUUUGAGCUUGUUCACUGAUGUUUUGUUUUAAUUAAGAGAAUUUCCUUCAAACAUUCUAAUUACUAGCAUGACUGUAUUGUAAAAAAUGGCUUUUCAGUUUUAAAAAUAAUUCUUUUAUGCAAAAAAAUUUGGGAGCUUUAUAAAUUGUUGGGUUUUGGGGAGUUGUUUGAAAAAUUGGAUUGCUUUCCUCAAAUAAACCAGUAUUUUAUCUGA